GGCCGGUGCAGGCCACACUCGCUGGACCCGCAGCAGUUCAGGCGUCGGAGAGGACCGGGCAAGCGUUGGCGGCGGACAUGACGCCUGGGGACCAGGAGGAGACCCAGCCGCUCCUGCGGCUGCCGGGCGGCAGCGCUCCCCGCGGCCGCCGCGUCUUCCUCGCCGCCUUCGCCGCUGCUCUGGGCCCACUCAGCUUCGGCUUCGCGCUCGGCUACAGCUCCCCGGCCAUCCCGAGCCUGCGGCGCGCCGCGCCCCCGGCCCUGCGCCUCGACGAUGCCGCCGCCUCCUGGUUCGGGGCCAUCGUGACCCUGGGCGCCGCGGCGGGGGGCGUGCUGGGCGGCUGGCUCGUGGACCGCGCUGGGCGCAAGCUGAGCCUCCUGCUUUGCGCCGUGCCCUUCGUGGCCGGCUUCACCGUCAUCACAGCGGCUCAGAACGUGUGGAUGCUGCUCGGAGGCCGCCUCCUCACCGGCCUGGCCUGCGGCAUUGCCUCGCUAGUGGCCCCGGUAUAUAUCUCCGAAAUUGCCUACCCCGAAGUACGGGGGCUGCUCGGCUCCUGUGUGCAGCUCAUGGUCGUCAUAGGCAUCCUCCUAGCCUAUCUGGCAGGCUGGGUCCUCAAGUGGCGCUGGCUGGCUGUGCUGGGCUGUGUGCCCCCCUCCUUCAUGCUGCUCCUCAUGUGCUGCAUGCCUGAGACCCCUCGCUACUUGCUGACUCAGCACAAGCGCCAGGAAGCCGUGGCUGCCAUGCAGUUCCUGUGGGGCUCCGAGCAGGGCUGGGAAGAGCCCCCUGUCGGGGCUGAGCACGAGGGCUUCCACUUGGCCCAGCUGCGGCGUCCUGGCGUCUACAAGCCCUUCAUCAUCGGCAUUUCACUGAUGGCCUUCCAGCAGCUGUCAGGCAUCAACGCUGUCAUGUUCUACGCAGAGACCAUCUUUGAGGAGGCCAAGUUCAAGGACAGCAGCCUGGCCUCGGUCAUCGUGGGGAUCAUCCAGGUGCUGUUCACGGCCGUAGCGGCCCUCGUCAUGGACAGAGCCGGGCGCAGGCUGCUCCUGGCCUUGUCAGGUGUGGUCAUGGUGUUCAGCACCAGCGCCUUUGGCGCCUACUUCAAGCUGACCCAGGGCGGCCCUAGCAACUCCUCGCACGUGGACCUCUUGGCGCCCGUCUCCAUGGAGCCCGCCAGUGGCAGUGUGGGGCUGGCCUGGCUGGCGGUGGGCAGCAUGUGCCUCUUCAUCGCCGGCUUUGCUAUGGGCUGGGGACCCAUCCCCUGGCUCCUCAUGUCUGAGAUCUUCCCUCUGCACGUCAAGGGCGUGGCCACAGGCGUCUGCGUCCUCACCAACUGGUUCAUGGCCUUUCUCGUGACAAAAGAGUUCAGCAGCCUCAUGGAGGUGCUCAGGCCCUACGGUGCCUUCUGGCUGGCCGCUGCCUUCUGCAUCUUCAGUGUCCUUUUCACUCUGGCCUGUGUCCCUGAAACCAAAGGAAAGACUUUGGAGCAAAUCACAGCCCAUUUUGAGGGGCGAUGACAGCCCCUUCCCGUGAGUGGCUGCCCCUCCUAGCUGGACCAGCUUUGGGUCUCAGAGGGGAUGGUGCCUGCCUUUGACUCCAAACUGAGCCUCAGCUGGAGCCUGGACGCCCCGCCUGCCCCCAGGGAGUCAGGAGCCAGGACUGUAGCCCCUUGGAGCUUUGUCCUCUGGGGCCCCACCUUCCUGCCCAGCUCUCUACAGCCCAGUGAAGCACGGGGACAAGGUUCCCAGCCCCUGGGUCCAGUUUCCACUGCUGCCCUGUGACUCGUGUGGAGGGAACAUCUCGGAGACGCUUUGUUGUGCUGUGGUCAGUCCUCCACGUGCCAUCUCCAUCGUGACACAAAAGUGACAGCGGAGAAGGGGGACUCUUGGUUCCUCGUUUUCUGGAGAAGAUGCUUUUGGAGGCUGGGUGAUGGCCAUGGUUACUCCUCUCACGUGGCUGCAUUAUCAGGAAGGAACUUUGCCAAAUAAAUAUUGGACUCGGAAAAUCA